AGCCACCCAGCGCCCGCACUGACACCCGAGGCAGCGCCGGGCGCCCUGUCGGGGUCCUACGACGAGUCAUCCCCAUCUUUGUCCCCCUCCCAGGUGGGGAACUACAAGCGGACGGUGAAGCGGAUCGAUGAUGGGCACCGGCUCUGCAAUGACCUGAUGAACUGCGUGCACGAGCGGGCCAAGAUCGAGAAGUCUUACGCCCAGCAGCUCACGGACUGGUCCAAGCGGUGGAGGCAGCUCAUUGAGAAAGGUCCCCAGUAUGGCAGCCUGGAGAAGGCAUGGGGUGCCAUCAUGACGGAGGCGGACAAGGUGAGCGAGCUGCACCAGGAUGUGAAGAACAGCCUGCUGAAUGAUGACUUUGAGAAGGUCAAGAACUGGCAGAAGGACGCCUACCACAAGCAGAUCAUGGGAGGCUUCAAGGAGGCCAAGGAGGCUGAGGACGGCUUCCGGAAAGCCCAGAAGCCCUGGGCCAAGAAGCUCAAGGAGCUGGAGACAGCCAAGAAAGCCUACCACCUGGCCUGCAAGGAGGAGAAGCUGGCGAUGACCCGGGAAGCCAACAGCAAGGCGGACCAGUCCAACACCCCCGAGCAGCAGAAGAAGCUCCAGGACAAAGUGGAAAAGUGCAAGCAAGAUGUGCAAAAGACUCAGGAGAAGUACGAGAAGGUGCUGGACGAGCUGAACAAGUGCACCCCGCAGUACAUGGAGAGCAUGGAGCAGGUCUUUGAGCAGUGCCAGCAGUUUGAGGAGAAGAGGCUCAACUUCCUCAAGGAAGUGCUCCUGGAUAUCAAGAGGCACCUGAACCUGGCCGAGAGCAGCAGCUACGCCAACGUCUACCGGGAGCUGGAGCAGACCAUCCGCCUCUCGGAUGCACAGGAGGAUCUCCGGUGGUUCCGCAGCACCAGUGGCCCCGGGAUGCCCAUGAACUGGCCCCAGUUCGAGGAGUGGAACCCGGACCUGACGCACACGAUAACACGGAAGGAGAAGCAGAAGAAGGGCGAGGGGGUGACCCUGACCAAUGCCAGCAGCAUGGGCGAGACGGGGGCGCCAGCGAGCGAGCGUGGGAGUGUGAGCAGCCAUGACCGCGGGCAGACCUACAGCGCCGAGUGGUCCGACGACGAAGGCAGCAACUCCUUCAACACCAGCGAGGCCAACGGUGGCACCAACCCCUUCGACGAGGAGUCGGCUGGGAAGGGGGUGCGGGUGCGGGCUCUGUACGACUACGACGGGCAGGAGCAGGAUGAGCUCAGCUUCAAAGCAGGUGAUGAACUAACCAAACUCGGUGAAGAAGACGAGCAAGGAUGGUGCAAAGGGCGCUUGGACAACGGGCAGCUAGGUCUCUACCCAGCCAACUACGUGGAGGCAAUCUAAGUCUUGUGAUGUGCUCCUCGUCGCCGUCAGCAGAUAAAUCCACCCUCCGUUGUCUCCAUCUCUCCACCAGCCAACCAGCCAUUUUGCCGUCUGGUCCUUCACUCCUCACAGUUAGAGAUUCAGACAUAUUUUCCGACCAAGCUUUUAUUUUUUUAAGAGUUGUCUCCGAAGAGUAUUUUGCAUAGUCGCUUUCUUCUUCUUCUUCUAAGAUAACGUGAAGCGAAAGAUGACGUUGUCCGUUCGUCUACGUUAGUUGAUUUUUUUCCAAGCG